AUGUGGAUUAUUUCUUUCUGGAUAUUCCCCGUUAUUUCCGCGGUCAUGUGGAUAGUCAUGCUCGGGGUAAUGCUAGGAGUAUGGCGUGCACAGGGUUCUCCCGACUAUCCUAGCAUGGAACCAGGUCAAAGAAUCGCAUAUAUAUCCGAUGUUGGCGCACAGGGCCUGAAACCACUCUUCAUCACCGGCAGCGUAAUCACGGUUGUGUUCCUCGACCUCUCGUUCCUCGCCGAACGAUGGCUGCGACACGCCGGGCAGUUGGUUCCCAAUAAAGGGAUAUUGGACAAAGCCUGCGCCAUUGGAUCUAUAUUAUUCUCGAUCGCGGGUGCUGCGGGUUUGAUCUUGCUGUCGAUUUUCGACACAUACCGCCAUUCCCGCCUCCAUGGCGGGUUUUUGGCGAUGUUCCUCGUCGCGUACCUUGUCAGCGCUAUUCUCAUUUGUAUCGAGUACCUCCGCAUCGGUAUCUUUUACCGAUCCCAGCAUCGCGUGCUCCUGGCUAGUUUCAUCAUCAAGGCCGUCUUCGUCGUCACUGAAAUCGCUCUGGCGAUUGGCUUUGGUAUCUGCGGGUGGCAUCAACCUCACCGCAGGAAUGCAGCUGCUGUUCUCGAAUGGGUGAUCGCCUUGGUAUUCACGUUCUACGUCCUCUCAUUUGUGAUCGAUCUGCUACCGUCCGUCCGUACACGGAACCAUGUCCCGCAAGGCGAGAAGGGCAUGGGCCCCCGCCAUUCAGACCAGCAUGAGAUGGUGGAAGCACCCCUGACGCAAGAUUCCGCUGGGCCGAACGCCAACGCCAACACCAACUACUACCGCGGAGCGCACUUCUAG